AUGGCUUCCAACGGUACCAACGGCACCCCUCAUCCCAAACCUUCUCUACCGCCUGUCUAUAUCGUUGCAGCUGCAAGAACCCCAGUUGGCAGUUUCCUCGGUUCACUGUCUUCCUUGACCGCGCCCCAACUGGGCGCACAUGCCAUAAAAUCCGCUGUUGAGAGAGUACCCGAGAUCAAACCCCAAGAUGUUGAAGAAGUGUUCUUUGGCAAUGUUCUCUCCGCAAAUGUCGGUCAAAACCCUGCACGGCAAUGCGCCCUUGGUGCCGGCCUGGAGCCCUCAACCGUUUGCACCACCGUCAACAAAGUUUGCGCAUCCGGCUUGAAGUCCAUAAUCCUUGGGGCACAAACCAUCAUGACCGGCAAUGCAGACAUCAUCGUGGCUGGUGGCGCAGAGUCAAUGUCCAACGUUCCUCACUACCUACCCGUUUUGCGAACGGGCGCCAAGUUUGGCAACCAGACGCUUGUCGAUGGCGUCCUAAAAGACGGUCUAACAGAUGCCUACGGCAAGCAAGAGCAUAUGGGACUACAAGGAGAAGAGUGCGCUCAGGAUCAUGGCUUCAACCGCGAGCAGCAGGAUGAGUAUGCCAUUCGAUCAUAUCAAAGAGCACAGGCGGCCGUCAGUGAAGGUCUUUUUGACUUUGAGAUUGCCCCGAUACAAUUACCCGGCGUCCGUGGCAAGCCUGGUGUCACGGUGGAUAAGGAUGACGAGCCCAAGAACCUCAAUAUUGACAAACUAAAGGCCAUCAAGCCAGCUUUCAUUCCCAACGGUGGCACUGUCACAGCUCCCAAUGCAUCGCCACUUAACGAUGGUGCUGCGGCCGUCGUAUUGGUGUCAGAAGCCAAACUAAAAGAGCUCAACAUCAAACCCAUUGCGAAGAUUCUGGGAUGGGGUGAUGCAGCACAUCAACCUAGCAAAUUCACCACCGCCCCAGCAUUGGCGAUUCCCAAGGCUUUGAAACACGCUGGUGUGAACCAAGACGAUGUUGAUGCCUUUGAGAUCAACGAGGCAUUCAGUGUCGUUGCUCUUGCCAACAUGAAGUUGCUAGGUUUGUCUCCUGACAAGGUCAAUCUCCAUGGUGGAGCAGUAGCCAUUGGUCAUCCAUUAGGUGCCAGCGGUGCACGAAUUGUGACCACACUACUGGGUGUAUUGAAGGCCAAAAAGGGAAAGAUUGGAGCUGUUGGAAUUUGCAACGGUGGUGGUGGAGCGAGUGCACUUGUUCUGGAGUCACUGCUAUAA